AUGUUGAUAACAUUAUCACGAGCCGCACCAUAUUAUUCCGUAAUAAAACCAGACGGAUCUUAUGAAUACGCUUACCAAACAGACAAUGGAAUCUAUGCAGAACAAAAGGGCAACGUACUAGCAGUCGAAGGUUCCUAUCUAUACCAAUCUCCUGAAGGUAUUCCUAUCCAUCUGACGUACACGGCAGACGAAAACGGUUUCCAUCCUUCGGGUGACCAUUUGCCGACUCCACCUCCGAUACCGAUAGAAAUUUUACGAGCCAUCGAAUGGAUCAAAAAGCAAAAUGAACAAAAGGAGAAUAAAUUGAUGGAUAAAUAUUCAUGA